CAAACAUCCGGUUCCUUCGUGUCACAUGACCAGCUCUCUUCUGUCAUCUGCGUUAUUUGGAACCAGCUAGUAAAGCACAUCGACCAACAUUAGCUUCAGUGGUUUCCUAUUCUUCAUCUGACGAUGGCAACAUUGGUGGCAAACAGGGCGAUGGACAUCAACGGCUUAGCAGGAGCUGCGAGGACGCACACCCAGGCUGUGACCAGGAAUUACAUCUCUCAACCGAGACUAACCUACUCCACUGUGUCUGGUGUAAAUGGGCCCCUGGUGAUCCUGGAUAAUGUGAAGUUCCCCAGAUACGCUGAGAUUGUCCACCUGACCCUGCCUGAUGGCACCAAGAGGAGUGGACAGGUCCUGGAGGUGAUCGGAAGCAAGGCAGUUGUCCAGGUGUUUGAGGGGACAUCCGGCAUCGAUGCCAAGAAGACGGCGUGCGAGUUCACUGGUGAUAUCUUGCGUACCCCAGUGUCAGAGGACAUGCUUGGGCGUGUGUUCAAUGGCUCGGGUAAACCUAUUGACCGUGGGCCCACUGUUCUGGCUGAGGACUACCUGGACAUCAUGGGUCAGCCCAUCAACCCUCAGUGUCGUAUCUACCCCGAGGAGAUGAUCCAGACUGGCAUCUCUGCCAUCGAUGGCAUGAACAGCAUUGCCAGAGGACAGAAGAUCCCCAUUUUCUCUGCUGCUGGGCUGCCCCACAAUGAGAUUGCUGCCCAGAUCUGUCGCCAGGCCGGCCUGGUCCAGAAGUCCAAGGAUGUGAUGGACUACAGUUCUGAGAACUUUGCCAUUGUCUUUGCGGCUAUGGGGGUCAACAUGGAAACUGCCCGCUUCUUCAAAUCAGAUUUUGAGGAGAAUGGCUCCAUGGACAACGUCUGCCUUUUCCUCAACCUGGCCAAUGACCCCACCAUUGAGCGUAUAAUCACCCCCCGCCUGGCGCUGACGUCAGCAGAGUACCUGGCCUACCAGUGUGAGAAGCACGUUCUGGUCAUCUUGACUGACAUGAGCUCCUAUGCCGAGGCCCUGAGAGAGGUCUCUGCGGCCCGAGAGGAAGUGCCCGGUCGUAGAGGCUUUCCUGGAUACAUGUAUACUGAUCUGGCAACCAUCUACGAACGUGCCGGCCGAGUGGAGGGUAGAAAUGGCUCAAUCACCCAGAUCCCCAUUCUCACGAUGCCCAAUGAUGACAUCACCCAUCCAAUUCCUGAUCUGACUGGAUACAUCACAGAGGGUCAGGUCUACGUUGACAGACAGCUGCACAACAGACAGAUUUACCCACCUAUCAAUGUGUUACCCUCACUGUCCCGUCUGAUGAAGUCGGCCAUUGGUGAGGGGAUGACCAGGAAAGACCACGCUGACGUUUCGAACCAGCUGUAUGCCUGCUAUGCCAUUGGUAAGGACGUCCAGGCGAUGAAGGCCGUGGUGGGAGAAGAGGCCCUCACCUCUGACGAUCUGCUCUACCUUGAGUUCCUACAGAAGUUUGAGAAGAACUUCAUUGCUCAGGGCCCGUACGACAACAGGACCGUGUAUGAAACCCUGGACAUCGGCUGGCAGCUGCUGCGAAUCUUCCCCAAGGAGAUGCUCAAGAGGAUUCCUCAGAGCACCCUAGCUGAAUUUUAUCCCAGGGAGUCUGCCGCCCGUCACUGAGGCACACAGAAGGAUGCCCUGGUUCUCCUCCAAUUCAUCCUGGUUACCCACCAUCUUCUGUUCCCAUGGGUUCCUUCCUUUCAUCUCUCCCUCCAUCCAUGCAGCUCCAGGGGCUUGGAGAUGAGAUGCUGUCAGCCAUCCCAAACCGCCCCUUCCUUAACUGUUCUUACCGACCUGCUUCCUCGAGUGAGAACAGACUAACCCUCCCCUGCUGUAGAUGUACUGUUGUGUAGCUAUGUAUUUGUGGUUGUAAUUGUCUAUCUCUUGAUGUUAAAAAAAGAACAUAUCCUACGCAUAAUAAAUUAGUUCUUUAUUAAAAAAGAUGUCUGCGUAUCAAAGGGUCAAAUAUGGUACUCCUACUGCGGGGGUCAGUCAGCACUCUGGAAAAAUGCUUAGGAUAUUUACGUUGUUCUGUUGUGAAAAAAUGACUAAGAUUAUAUUAAACAUUCCCUUCUGUCUGCAAAUGCUAAUUCUUUGUUGUGCAACAGUAUUGGUUGUGUGCGGUAAUCUGUCCGUGAAUAAAUUAAAUUAUAUGAA